UCAUUUUUUUUGUCAGAAAAAAAAACAGUUUAGGGUUUUAUAUCAGGCUAUUCCUGGAUAAUAACUUAUAAGUUAAUAAUAGUAAUACUUAAGAGCCGUCGUUUUUUAAUAAUUUCUCGAGAAAAAAGAAACCUAAACGUCUUCUCGUCAUCUUUCACUGUCUUUCACUGUCGUACACCAUUCUCCAUCUGAAUUUUCCUUUGCCACAAAAUUUGGACUUGCACUUGUAAGAAAAAGUAAGUAACGUGAUUCUCUUUAACGGUUUAAUUAUAAGAUUUGAUAUAACAUAUAAAUAUAUUAUUCUUUUGCUAUUUUUACUAGUUAAUGGAGGGGAAUCAUUCAGAACCAGAUUUAGGCGUACCUUCUUCUUAACGUUCAGUUCGUCAUAAAGAUGACACAGCUUGGCGAUGUAUAACAGAACGGACUGAGCAAAAUGGGAAGAAAUAUUUGAUUUGUGACUGUUCUCAGAAAGAGAGCGAUGGUGGAGGCAUUAACAUAAUGAAACAACAUUUAGCUGGGGUAUGAGGAAACAUAGAUUCAUGUACCAAAGUUUAUCAAUGGACUCAUAAUCAAUCAGAUCAUAUGACCUCUUUCUUUUUGAGAACCUGAACAUAUGAACAUUUAAUAGUUAUAUGCUAUAAUUUCAUAGCUCUGUAUUUGAACUUAUUAAUAUAAUUUGUAUAUGUUAUACUAUCAUUGUUUUUUGUUUGGAUAAUCAUCGGAAUCGGGAUAAACCACAAGAAAAUGUGUUGUUUCCUGCUCUGACAUGGGGACCCACAGACUAAAUUUGACCUGGUGAUAUUAAAAUAAAAAUCAGUGGAAACCAAAAAUAAUAAAAAUAAAGUUUGACUGCCGCUCGAUUGUCAAGAAAGGUAAAAUCCUUAAAGACACUAAUAUUAUUUGCGCCGCCUAAAGGAUUCUCUCUUUGGUGACAUCACCAUGAAAAGUGUCAAAAUAGAAGUGACACUGUUGAUUCUAUUUAGGAACAAAAAUUUAGUAUGAUUGUUUAUUUGGUAUUCUUUAUAUUAAAUUUUAAAAAAUUAUUUGAGAAAUUUUUUUGGAUGAUCAUAAUUUUUUGUAUCACAAAUAUAAUCUAUAAGGGUUAAACUAACCAAAAUGUUUAAGAUAGAUAAAUAUGUAGAUUCAGGGCCAGUCAUGGGCUAAAACCCGUAAAACUCAAACUUUGGACGCCACAGAUGUUAAAUAUUUUAGGGGCGCCAUUUAUGUCUAGAUGUACUUUAGUACAGUGGUUGUAAGCUACUGCUAAUGUCUUCCUUUUUUUUUUUUGUCAACUCUCCAUCUGCGCUAGAUCAAGUAGUGGUCAGACGAGCCGAUUCUUCGAAGAACACCUCCGUCUGACCGGGUCUGAUAUAUAUGGGAAAAAAUAUAGCCUCUAGUCCUAGUUUCUUUUGCAAAUGCGUCUGUCCGAUCAUUCCUACUUCGAGGAAUAUGAGACAGACUCACAUCCUCGAAAUCAUCAUGUAAUCUCUGGAACACUUCGAUCUCUGUCGCGAAUGUUGGCCAAUCCACCGGAUUUGUAGUCAUGUCUACUAGGUCUGAGCAGUCCGUCUCAAAUCGUAUCGAUGUUAUUCUCAUGUCUCUCUUUCUUCUUCUUGAGUGUUCUAAACCCACAUUCUCAUUUCUCUCUUUCUUCCUUCUUUCUCAUCUUUUUGGUGAUAAUAAUACUUUUCCCUUAUAUGAGAAAACAGAUUUAUACGUGAGACUUCUGCUUAUAUAUAUUCUAACAACUUAACUCUUUUGUUAUGUAUAUUACAUUAAAUAAUAUGUUAUAAGAUAAAUAAUUUAAUCAAACAAAACUUAAAACUAUUCUACUGUUUCAAUAUCUUUCUAAAUUUCUGUGAAAACAAUUAAACUAUCAUAUCUAUAAAUUACACAUCGUUGUUUUAUUCUUAAUUUGGAUUUAAAAAAAAAGUUAUUACCAAAUUUAGUUUUAAAAAGUUAUUAAAAUAGUUUUAGAAAAUCAACCAAGUAAACUCUAACUAGGAAGGAAAAAAUGCAGACAAUGUGAUCUGCAAAAUGUUUUGGUGUUAUUUUCUUUUGAAAACAACUUUAGUUUUAUAUAAUAUUUGAUUAAAAAUACAGUAAAUUUUAGUUAUUGGAAAAUGGUAACAUUUUUCUCGAUUGCUUUAGGCGCGAGACAAGUCCGGACCGGUAUUGUGUAUAUUCAUAAGGUUAAUUAAUCCAAACUUAGUGUUUAUAUUUGAGGAGUGAAGUUUUGGAAGAGAUUAAGAUUUAAAAAGUAAAUAAAUACUUAAAAUUUAAAAUAGAAAUUUUAAAAUAGUUUCAAAAAUAAAUUUUCGAAACUCAAAAUAAAAUUUGAAAACAUUAAUUUUGGAAAAAUAAAUCAAAAUCAAAAAUAAUUUAUAAAAACCUAUAAUUCAAAAAAAAAAUCUUUAAGAAAUAUUUUCAUUGUGAGAGUUUUUUGGUGAAAAAAGUCUAUUUUAAGGUCAUUUAGGAGAAUUGUCCAGUAUAUAUUGAGACUAAAACUUAUAGCAUAUUUUUAUUAUAUUAAAUAUGAUAGGUCCGUAUAUAGAAUCUUUCUCUUCGGAAACUGGUCUCGUUAUAGUUAGUUACAAAGAUUCUAUUUCUCCAUAUUCUUACGUUCUUCGUGACUCUCUCUCUCUCUCUCUCUCACUUCAUCAUCUUCUCGAUCCUCCGAAACAGAAAGAGAGAUGAUGAUCAGGAUGAUACUCCGCAGCGGCUGGAUGACGAAGGUGAGAAAGUGAUCCAUUUUCUUGUUCUUCUUUCUUCUUCUUCUUCUCCUUCUUCUUCUUCUUCUUCUUCUUCUUCUUCUUCGAUCGUCUUCUUCUUCUUCUAACUAUUUUCUCUCUCUGUUUUCAACAGGGGAGACAAGGAAGAUCUCUACUUUCUGGACUAAGGGAGGUGACACUGAGGCGGUUUGCCCAUGCCAGUGCGGAGAGUAAGGUAUAGUAACGAUCGCUUUUUCUUCUCUUCUUUGUCUUCGAUCAUCUUCUUCUUCUUAAAGACUCUCUUCUUCCUUGUUCAGUUUCUCAUAGUUCAUAGAUCUGUUGUUUGAUUUUAUCUUGAUCGGUUUGUUUCUGAUUCUGCCUCUACGUUCAUGAAUUAGAGUUUAAUCAGUAGUUUAGAAAAUGGUUACUCAGAUCAGUGAACUCUAUUGCUUGUUUAUUGCUGCAAAAACUAUCGCCUUUGUGCCAUGAAGGUAUCUGUAUCUUCAAGCAGCUAGUAGUAGUACAGGGACCUCAUACUUGAUUGUUUUCCUUCUAAUUGUUAUGCAGAUAAUAAGAGAUUGUGUUAAUGUUUGUAAAUCAAACUCUUCUUCACAGCUGUCUUAUGCCUCUCUAGCAGUCUAGGCUGAUGCGUAUAUAGUGAUUGAUGUUCUCCACGCUUCUUCUCAUACUUUUAUUUCUUGCUGGACUUGUUCUCAGCGCUGCUGCUAACGCCUAUGCCAGAUACUACAAGGCUCAGCACAUGGAUCUUCGCAUCAACUUGCAGAGGACCUCCCUUCUUCCCCAAAGGCUCUUCACAUCCACUAGGGUACUCAGCAAAAAGAGAGGUGAUCCACGCAACAAAUACCACAACCCUGCUACAGUGGCGAGGAAAGCUGAAAUAGCUAAAGAGAUGUGGAAGAGAAAGGAAGAAGCAGCGAAAGAAGUCAACGAAGACACAUUUCCUAUAGCUGGGAUUAGGCGCCGUCUAAAAGAUCUUCUUGCUCGUGAACAGUGCGACGGAGACAUGGCCAGACAGAUCCAUGCAUUAACGCUCACCUCAGGGAUUCUGCAGGUACCUGGUGAUGCUUCCCUUGAGAUAAGGAACUCUCUCACGAAGCUGUAUCGACUUUGCUGUGAAGGGAAGCCCAUGGACCCUACUUACUUUGAGAAACAGUUGAAGACUACGGACCCAACAAAAUAUUAAGAAAAUGUAUUUUCUUCUAUGUUCAACUUGGUUUCAUUGAUAUCAUGUAAACCGUUUGAAGCAUUUUAUGGAUCAAAAUUUUAUCAUAAGUAAAUGCAUCAGAAAAAAAUUGUUAAAUAAUGCACUUGAAAUUAUUAUUAUUACUGAUUUAUGUAUUUUUUUUUUAUAUCGAUUUUUUUAAUAUUUUUAGAACUGAAACCAUUUGAAUUUGUCCGGUAGUGCAGUGAAUUAUUAGGUAGUGAAAAUAUUAAUCUAUAAAUAAAAUGAAUUAGAUGCGUGUUAAACGUAGUAUUAUAUAUUAAUGUUUAAUAUUUUUAAAUGUAGAAAAAAAAUUAGUCGUACUUUGAUUUUUUU